AUGAGGGGCGCCGUAAGGAAAAGGAGCAGCGACAACGAGGAGCGCGACAACGAGGAGCGCGACAACGAGGAGCGCGACAACGCUCAAUUGUGUAAAGAACUCACAAGUAUCUUAACCAACGAUAUCGGAAGACUUGCAGAGGCCCUUGAAAUUGCGGACGACUUUAGGACUUCGAGACGGAGAAAGAAACUGAAACCUGAUAAGACUGUCUGCCAUUUUUGCUGGGAGGAACUUUGUGUAUCAGCAUACACAGGUGCAGGUGCGGCAGCCAAUGCCCGUGUAUGCAGAGCACAGGCCGACAACUUGCCCCCGGCACCCGACGGAGAAACGGCUCCGGCUUCGGCAGCAGUAGAGAUCUAG